UCGAGGCGGGGCGGAGCCGGCCGGGAGGCUUCAUUGUGCGUCCGGGCGCCGCCGCCGCCGCCGCCGCCAGCCAGGCCGGGCCUCCCUCUCCUCCUCCUCCUCCAGCUGCUUCUGCCCUUCCUCGUCCCCUCAGCUGCCGAGCAGAGCCGGCGCGCCGGCGCCUCAGUCCGGGUCCCUCCGCCGCCGCCACCUCAGCAGCAUGUCGGGCCGGUCGGUGCGGGCCGAGACCCGCAGCCGCGCCAAGGAUGAUAUCAAGCGGGUGAUGGCGGCCAUCGAGAAAGUGCGCAAAUGGGAGAAGAAAUGGGUGACAGUUGGCGACACAUCCCUUAGGAUCUACAAAUGGGUGCCAAUAACAGAGCCCAAAGUAGAUGACAAAGCCAAGAACAAGAAAAAGGGCAAAGAUGAAAAGUGCGGUUCUGAGGUGACGACCCCAGAAAACAGCUCGUCCCCUGGGAUGAUGGAUAUGCACGACGACAAUAGCAACCAGAGCUCUAUAGCUGAUGCUUCCCCCAUAAAGCAGGAGAACAGCAGCAACUCGAGUCCUGUGCCCGAGCAAAACUCAGCAGGGCAGGUAGACGGUCCUGGCUCCAAGUCGGACGAUACUCCGACGGAUGCAAAAGAAGAAGCUGGCUCAGAAGAUGCAUCUGAUGAACAGAAUUCACAGUCUUCAAUGGAGAAUUCCAUCAAUAGUUCAGAGAAAGUUGAAACAGAGCCUUCAGCGGAAAAUGACACAACCACAGAGACAUCUAAAAACUCUCAGGACUCUGAAGGAGUGCCACCUCCUAAAAAGAUGAAAGUGGAGGCUCCCUCUCAACAAAAUAUGGAUGAAAUAUAAACUUUAGAUUUUUCCUGGGCGGUUUUUAUGUAAAGGUACAUCAGUGGGCUAAAUUGUCGAACAACCGUACAUAAGCAUCUUCUCUUGGACAAGGAGGGGACUCCUUUAAACUUUUCCAAGUUACCAGGCGAAAAUCCAAGGAAAACCAAGCAAACGUUUAAUCUCUUCAGACACUGAAAACUUUUUUUUUCCCCCUGUGAAGCAAAACUGUUGAGCAUUUAAGUUACUGUCUCUGAAAUGGUUAGAGUAAACACUCAGGAGGGGUCGACGCACUGUUUCUAAUGUCAGAAUUACAAUUAUGCUGCUGAUGUAUUUUUUUUCCCCAUUCUCUAUUUAACAUUAUAAGAUAUUUAAGAAUGGUACAGGUCAGGUAUUCUCUUCACAUGUGAAGUUCACUGUUCUGAUGUGAUGUCUCUUGUUUUGGGGUUUGGUUUUUUUUUUUUUUUUUGUGUGUGUGUGUGUGUGUGCCUUGUGUCCCAAAAUGGAAAACAAAAGCAAAGCAAGGCUAAUUUUGCAAUUUCUCCUUUGCAAAGUGGCCUGUUUGUACAAUGCCAUACAAAAUGUGUUCCGUUGUUGUUUUUUUAAAACAAAUAUUCUGGUGCUUACUGUCCUGAUAAGAGAUAACGAGAGAAAUUAAGAAGCCAUUUUCACAGUUGGAGGACGGGUGGAUCCUCACCAAUGAUGCUUGAUUUUCCUGUACCUCCAGGGCUCACUUCCUUUUUUGAAUGCAACGUUUCAAGGAUAAAUUUUCUUAAAUAAGUAAACCUCUCCUGCACGCUAUCUUGUGUGCCUCCCAAACUUUCUUGCUUUACAGACUUUUCGUAGUGGAAUAAUGCGUCUACAAGGCUGCCCGAUGUAGCCUUCUUAAAAUUGGUCGACUGGUUUCUGAUGUUCACUUAAAUUAGGGUUUAUUUGGUUACAAAGGCAAAUUAUGCGUUUUAAGUGCUUGAAUCCUUCUUGUGGCUUCGUUACAAAUGGAUGCACGCUGAAUGGCAGGUGCAAAUUUUGAAUGGAUCUAUUCUCCAAUCAUUUUUAAAGAUUGAACUGGAUUUCACUGUUUUGUUCUUUCACGGGAUGUUGACCGUUGUCCAACAUUUGUGUACUUGAGGCUCCUUUGUCUCAGGAUCUGCUUGUAAAUACGGCUUUGUGAUUUUCGGAAUCUCUCGUUCAAGCAGCUGUGUCCCCUGCACACUUGACUUGGCCACAGAAGCUGGUUUAAUAGCAGCUGAAAAGGGCAGAACGACUUAUACAUUUGGGGUGCUUUUAUGCCAGUUACCGGGGGGCAAAAAUCUUGUGAAAUCAACGGAUCUCCAGUCGCAGCAGAUUUGCACUUUGUCAUUUUCCAAUGGGGCUACGUUGCGGCUGGACUUGCUUGAUCACCCACAGUGCUUUGCACACUUAAGGCCUGGAUAAGCGCCUACAGCAUCUUUGGGUAAGUGGGAAUAUUCUCUGCCUGUAGGAGAAAUGCUUACAAAAAGUAAAAGGCGGCAAAUGAGAACAAAUGACUUUCGUCAGGGCAACUAUCAAACAGUUACGCCUAGCUUGCUAUGAAAUUAGUGGGUGGCUUUUUUUAAAAUAAGCUUCCAAUCCAGACACUUCCCUUAAUAAUUGCUCGUUUGAAAAAUACGUAUUUCUGAUUUCUCCGACGGUGAAAAUGGCUUUAGUUUUGACUACUGUAUUGCAUUUGCAAAUUAUGAAGAAGAAAAAAAAGGGUUGGGCGAAGUGAAGGUGUCAAUUCUGGCCUUCCAUCAAAUGUUUGUAGAGGCGUUAACUGCAUAGAAAGAGGCCAUGCAUUCAAAUUUGGGGAGAUCUUCUCAUUUUUGUGUUGAAAUAAAUAUUUGCAUCUCAUCAAAAUUAAAUUUUUCUUGCAAAUUAUUCAUGGCAGCAGUGUGCUCCUUAGAAAGUCUCUUUGUGCCUGGAUCACAGAUUCAUUAACUAUCCGAAAGAGACAUUAUUAUUUGCACAAUAUACAGAAUUAAAUGCUAAAGUGAUACGUUUUUUUUCCCCCUUUUCUCUCAUUGGUGUAUCUGCUUCAGACAUGGCGAUGACUGGUAUGGACAUGACAUCCAUGUUUAACCAGGGUUUGUGGGGGUUUUCUUGGGGGGACAUGUCAACUGAUCUAUGAAAUAGACAAAUAUAUUUUUUUGAACUUAAAAGAAAAAAAUAUUAAAAAAUUAUGUAGCUUUUAACUGAUCCCUCCAACGGUCCAUGGCUCUGAAACCACCCUGUCCAAUAGGCGCUGUCUAUAGAAGCUUCGAUUUUUGUGGUUGUGCUUUGAUGAUGUUUUUUUUUUUUUUUACAGUUUCCAAGGAAGCGAAUAGGCUUUUUUUAAAUUUCAAAGCUGAAUCCUGUACUUAAAAUGGAUAAAGGAUAUAUAGAUAUAUAGAUAUAAGAAUAGCACUAAAAUACCUCAACUCUUUCAUUUGGUAGAAAAGAUCUAUUGGCAUUGCUGACAUUUUGAUAAGCUUAGUGAUAAAACUGGCUCCUUGAUCUCUCCCCUGGCCCAUUGCGUCUGAUUUUCCAUGAACUUUAGAUGGAAUUCUGCAGCAGGGGGAAAAAAAAUGCUCAGGAGUUGAACUUUGAAAGCAAAGCGCUCAUUUUGUCUUUCCAAGGCUCAGAAAAAAGAAA